GAGGGUCUGUGUCACUCACUGACCCCUGUAGAAAGCACAGCAGGGCUGGAUCACAAAAAACAAAGCAGACAUAGCUCAGCUAUUGUUCUGAGAAGAUAGAAAGAGAAGGAAGGACACACACCCACCUCUGCAUAUACACUCACCCAGGAUUAACCAGGGAUUUCCCACUGCACAGUCAGAAGAUGUCGGGGAAACGAAUGGUAUCCUCAGUCCAGAUAAUGUUGGCUCCACCAUGGAGAGCUGAAAUAUCACGCAAGACACAAUCCCACACCCAUGAGCAGCAUGUUCAACAACUUCCCCCAACACCAUCACCACCACCGCUAGAGCCCCUACAAGACCAAUCCUGGGCAGAACAUGCAGACUUUCAAAAUGGAGGUCCAUCAUUCCGGCCCAUUUUCUUGGAUGAUAUGCCGAGCACCGAUGACUUUCUUGGCUCUGAUCUCCCUCCACCUCCACCUUCCCCUCCAGUUUUACCAAAGACACCAAAACAGUUUCUCAGAGAUUCCUUUCCUGCUUAUUCUGCUCCGUUCCCGGAACCCACAGCUCCAGUUUCAAUGAAUGCACAGAUGGAAGUUCCUCGAGCUCCUUUACUCGAUUCUUCUGUUCAAGACAGGCUGAGUUUAGAACUGAGAAAGCUGGAUUUGGCUCCCACCCCUUCUGUCCAGAAACCAAGCGCUGGGAAUCCAAUAGAAUUGAAUAAAUCUAAAAAUGUCCCAGUUUCUCACACCCAGCAGAAGACGGAACGAUCAGCAUCAGACAAGCAAAACCAAAAUGGCCACACCAUGAAGCAAGAUAAUGAGGGAUCAGAUAUAUGUGCUUUCUGUCAUAAGGCUAUCCUCCCAAACGUAGCUGCUAUUGAAGCCAUGAAGAAGCAGUACCAUGCAAGCUGCUUCACAUGUAGAAAGUGUCACCGCCUACUGGCCGGGCAGCUGUACUACCAGAAGGAUGGACAGCCAAUUUGUGAUCACUGUUAUAAGGAAACACUGGAAAAAUGUGCCAAAUGCCAGGCACUCAUCACCCACCAUAUUGUGCGUGCCAUGGGUAAUGGUUAUCACCCAGAGUGCUUCACAUGUGUUGUUUGCAAUCGCAUGAUUGCAGAUGAGAGCUUUGCUGUCGAUGAAUAUAACGAUGUUUACUGCGCAAAGGAUUACUAUAGGAAAUAUGCGCCUAUUUGUAGUGUUUGUGACAAACCCAUCAUCCCCAGAGACGACGUGGAUUCCUAUAAAAUUGAAUGUCUUGGGAGGAAUUUCCAUGAAAAUUGUUAUCGCUGUGAGAAAUGUCACAUUACUCUGUCCCUGGAGCCUACAGAAAGUGGCUGCUAUCCACUGAAAGGUCAUAUAAUGUGCAAGCCUUGCCAUCUUUCAUGGACCGACCAGUUGUAACAGAUGUCUGUAGCCUACACAAUUCAACGCCACUAGUAUUUGCAAAAUGCAGAAUACGGUGCCUAAUCAGAUUGUUGAGGCAUCGGAACAAACCCAAUUUUUCCUCUAUACUGUGUCCAUCUAUUAGGGAUAAACUUACUUGGUGUUCCAAUCAACAAAGACAAAAUGGUUUAGCCAAAUGGCAAGGAGAGCAUAAUAACUCAGCAUUGCUUUACUCAACAUUUUACAGACAGCACCACUCAAACAGGCACAGUCCUGGGAUUGUCACAGCUCUGAGUAUCUCUUCCACCACAGGAAUUGCUGAUUUCACAAGAUGCCAUGAAUCAUAAAGUCUGUCUCACAUGACAAUAACUGCCCAAUCAUAUUGUGAGGUAUAUGUAAGGGCUUUUUAUGAUCAAUGUCAAAUCACAAAAUCAUUUCUUGUAAAAAGGUUUCUUGUUUUUUUUAACGUGUGUUUAAUUUCAUUGAGACUACUCAAAACUAACUUCACUCAUCAGUACACCCUCCCGCAAUCUUGUGAUUUUGUUUGACAAUGAGAUGUUGCCACAUACGCAAGAAUGGGCCAAUAAGACUAUAUAUUCUGGUUCAGUCUAUAAUUUCACAUUUUAUUGCAGCACACGGGACAAAGACAAACAAAGGCGUUAAAAGUCAUUUGAAAAUGUAAAUAUUCUGGACAAACAUAACAGGAUGUAAUUGUAUAAAAGUAUCAGAGAACUCGAGGUUUUAUUUUGCUUAUUUUAAUAUUUAAUUUCUAUGUACGUACUCUGUUUUGUAUUAUAAUUUUACUGAGUGCUUUAUUUCUGUUCCUGUAACAAGUUAAUUGCAGCCAAUAAAUUGUCACUGUAUAUAAAAAAAA